CUCCCAACUCCAUGUGCUUUGAAUGGGAUCCUUCAAAAAUCCCACGUACUAGCGUCAACAACAGCUGGACAUCCCAUUUGAUUUCUUAAAAACUCAAUGGGGCCUCUUGGGUGAUGUUGGAGUGACUUGCGCAGACCGCUCGCUCUUAAGUCAUUGCGUGACCAUUAUCAACGUCCUUAUCCCCCAUACAACUCUACCCAAGAUGAUGCGACCCAGAGACCCCCGUGUUCGCCAGACUAUCAACCAAAUCUCUCAUAAUCUUGAAACUGCAAAUGAGACAGCCCAAGAAGGGCUGUAUACCGUCUCCCAUAACUAUAUCUUGCCAUGCUUUGCGACGAUUGGGAACUGUGUCUACGCAUGUGCCUCACCUUGCCUCCCCAGCCGUAAAGAUCAACUUCGACGUCGCCGAAGGGGGCGCGCAGAGGCAGUAUUUGACUUUUACGAUGAUUGGGACAAUGAUGAAUCCGACGACGGUUUAUUGGGGUGGGGUACGGACGAGCUGGAUCGCUUAUUAGCAGGGAGUGGGUUGACGCGUGGAAGUGCUGAACAGCCCCGCAGACAUCGGAAGAUGAGUUAUGGCACGCGGCGGGCAAGGAGGAAAAGUAGUGUGUUGGUUCCCGACGAUCGGAAUGAUCCAACCGUUAUCCCAAGUUCGUCGUUCCUGGGUUUUCUGGAACGCUUCCCUUGGAGAUUUGGGGCCCGGGGUCUGAAAUAUCGACCCUCCGCGUCAGAUCUUCAAGAACAUCCCACCGGGCUGCGGAGGCAUCCACAUGAAGAUGAGCCUCUGAUGGAAGCAGAGGAGGAAAAUGAAGGACCGAGUUCCAAUGUCAAGGGUGGAAGGUAUCGCAGCUCAACGCAGUCAUCGCGAGAAACAGCAAAUUCUCUGAGCUCCCGCGGUGAUCUAAUCCCUAGCGAUGAGGAAGAAGAUGCAGUACCACUGGAUGAUGAGUUUGCUAUGGCGCUAGGCAGUCGCCGGGGCACUGGACUGGAGUCGGAAGAUCAAUUCAGCGAUAAGCCCGCAAGUAUGAGGUCUGUAUCAGGCUCAUUCAGCCUGGCAUCAAAAGAAUCGAGAAAGAAGAGAUCGAAGCGAAACAGCCGCUUACGAUCACCACAGAACUCUUAUAUUGAUGUCAUACAGGAUAUUACCACCCCUUCGAUAGUGGAUCUCCAGAAGGAGGAGGAGCAAAUAGAACGCCAAGAGGAAUUGGAGGUAAUAAGGAGACGACUUGCUGCGCGACAGUUGGCUUCUAGCCGCGGCUUGGAUCAAGCGAGAGACUCGUCCACUCCGCAGUCCCUUGUACUUCGUUCUCCUUCUAUCUCUACAGAUACUCAUCGUCCUGAACAUGUUAACACUCCUCUCGAAUCAACAGGGGAAAGUGAACUCUCCACCGAGCGAUUAUCUGGAGAUUAUUCCCAGACAGAACCAUUUCCACCUCUACCGCUGACACCCCCGGCAGCAAGCGAAGGCUCCGAACCUGAAGUACAGCCGGACUUGGCAGGAACAGACACAGAACAUCUACCCAACCGCAACUAAUAGUCAGAGCAAGAUCUAAAGGCUGAGUCAAGCCAUGUGGAUCUUUGGCACCAGAGCUUUUGUACAGGUAAAGCAAGGCGCUGCGACACCUCACCUUGUUCUAUGUGGCAGCCAUAUAACUUUGUACAGCAUAAUGACUGAUGAUAUGAUAUUUCUAUACCCGAUAUGAUUAAGAAAGAAUGCAGUACAUUAGGCCCUUA